GUGCUGGACGCAGCAGUGUGGAGGGGGGCUGGGAGAGGGUUACAGUGCUAAUGGGCAAUUUGAUAUUCACCAUCACCUAUUGUUAGUAGUGUUGGUUUGUUCCAUGAGGUAUUGGGCAUAAUGCAUGAAAAUAUUGGACGAAGAAGGAGCGGAAGUGAAUUGGGCUUAAAGCAACACAAGGUGGUAAUGAGGAAAGUGCUCAAGAUUAUGGCCAAGGCCAUGGUGUCCGCAGUGAAAUUGAGAGACCACUUGGAACUGAUUGAAUUAUUCAACAUAUCAACAUCAGUGAAGACCCUCCUAGGACCACGGAAAUCAUACAAGUUUAUUUACAAUGAAGAUACUCAAGAAAGCACUUUAACUUGCUCCUCCUUUAGACUUUUGGAGAGUCUAGAGUUAUCUAGUGCAGCGGGACAAAUCUUUAAUGAAACAAUUCAAGCCCAUCAUAAAGAGUACAAAACUGGUACGACAACUCUGUUUUUCCUUGUCGGAGUAUGGAGUAAAGCUGUCCUGGAAUGUCUUCACCACGGAGUUCCCAUUUCAUUGAUCGUCUCAGGAAUGUUAGAAGGUCUAAAUUCCUGUAUUGAAAGUGUUAAGGAAUUAUACAUACCAAUUGAUAAUAUAGCUACUAUAAAGCAGAACACACGUCACAGGACUUUAGUAGCAGAUGAAAGGAAUGGUCAUGUUUCUCAUAAUGAAAAUCAUUGUUUCUCUUCUUCUAGAGGUGGAAACAUUGGCCCUGACACAUGUCCAGGACACAUUGCUAACACUGUAAAGCACAUAGAUGUCACUCCGCCCGGUAAAGGAAACUUAAAUAGUAAAAGUUGCCAGAUGAGCAAACUGUCUCAUAGUAGACACUUCUCUAUUUCGAAAAUAAGCAGCUUUCAGAAUCCUUCCCAACCCAGUAGCCACAGUUUAGAAGAUCUAACAAAGUCUUUGAGUCAUGGGAAUUGGGAGGUAAUGGAACUUGUGGAGAAGGCUGCCACUCUUCUGUCUGAAAAUUCUCAUGAAACAUCUCUGACCAAAGAUGUCUUCCAGGCUUCCUGUCUAAAUAUUUGCUUUGUAAAAGGUGUAUCAGAAGUAAACUCAAGUGCUGCAUUUGGAUAUGUGACUUUAGUAAGACCAGAAUAUGUUACAGUUGUCAAAAACUUUGAGGGAAAACCCUUGAAAGUUCUUCUUUUAGAUGGAGAAUUGACAGAAAACUAUAGACAUAUUGGCUUUAAUAAGGCAACAAAUCUAAAAUUGGUGUCUGAGAUAGCAGACCAUGAAAGAUCAGCUGAGGAUUUAUGGAUAAGUACUGCAUGUCAGAAAAUAGUUCAAGCCAGUAUAAACUUAAUUUUAGUGAGGGGUGAUGCCUGUCCACAACUCAUAAUGCAGUGCCUUCAGAGAAAUAUUCUUAUUAUUACUCAUGUAAGGUCAAAUGUUCUUCAGGCUUUUAGUGAGUGCACAGGGGCCGAGCCCGUGGCUUACCUCACAGAGAUGAGUCCUCAUAGCAUAGGCUGUGAGGUGUAUGCCACACUUUGUCCACAAUGGAGUUCACAAUCAAGCCAAACUGCUGCUAUAAGUCUCCAUGCACACAAGAUAAAUCUGGCCACUGUAGUGCUCAACUGCAGACUAAUGCCCAAAGUGCAAGUGAUGGAAGACCAGUUUUGGGCGUGCUCUUACAAACUACAUAAUGCUUUUUUUGACCGAAAAGUAUUUCCUGGUGGAGGUGCAGUUGAACUUUUCUGUCUUCAUCAUCUCCAAAAGCUUGAGACAAUGCUAGAAUCUGGGAGCCCAUCUCACAGCGGUUCACAGUCCUGCAUGUCCUCAUGGUUGUCGUCCUCUGCCAUCCAUUACAAAUCUUCUGUCUAUAAGUGCCUUGCCAAGGGCUGGAUAAAAUAUCUUUCUACUCUUCUUUUUAAUGUUUGUCAAUUUUCUUCAGAAUUAGAAGCUAUGACCUUCAUACAGAAUGAACUCCAAAAUGUUGGUACUUACUCGUCUCCUUCUUUGUACAUGUUCAAUGAAUACUCCAGAAAUGUUCUAUUUAUUGAUGACUCAGGACUUCCCAUUGAACAUAGACAGGUACCAGUGUAUGAUAAUGUUAUUCCAAAGGUUGAGGCAUGGCGUAGUGCUCUGCAUCUAGUUCUCACUGUGCUUCAGUCAGAUGCUGAGAUCAUUACACGUUCUAUUAAACAAAAAGAUUCCUUAGGUGGGGACUAUGUAUUCCUCUGAUACUUAUGUAGCAUACCAUCAUUAAAUAAUAUAUUAA